GUCCCGCUCGGCCUCCGGUCCCGCUCCGCCUCCGCCUUCGCGUCCCGCUCCGCCACCUGCAGUGUAUGGAGUUGUAAAAUACAUAUAUUUGAUAAAAAUACAUAUAAUUAAAAAUACGACGACGCGACGACGACCAUCCACGACGUCCGACCUCCUCUUCUCCUCCUCAAUUUGGUAUAUCACUAAGGUGAUUCUCCCAAUGGCUAACUUUUUGAAAGCUCAGAAGUUCCUCAGCAAAAUUGGGCUUGGGAAGGAGGAUAUGUAUUUCUGGAAGCAGAUGGGGAAGGCUAUGUUAUGCACUUACACACUGUUUGGACUUGCUUGGUUGUAUAACGAAACUUCCCCUCUUGGUUGGUGGACAUUGAAGCCUCGGCCAAAGGAAGAGAAAGAGAUGGCUCAUCUCUACGAGCGCAGGAGGUUUCCAUAUCCCGGUGACAAAGAAGCAGUCGAAGAGUUCAUCGCCAGUGGAGGCACCCUCGGCACAACAAUUGGACCUAAAGGCUUUGUAGACACUGCAAAGGAUUCCGACAACUUUCAGAAGCAACUGCAGUCCAAGAAAUUUGAUCAGGAGGCUCAAAAACUAUGGUUUCGUAUGAGGAAUGAGGUCAUUCAGGAACUCCAAGAGAAAGGGUUCGAUGUUGAGUAAAGAGGAUAAGAAGAAAAUUUAGCCUUGUUUCUAUACAUACCCGUAUGUACGCAUGUUACUUUGCCAGCUAAACAUUGCAUGAUAACUGUAUAAUUUGUGGACUGAGGAAAUGAUGAAGACCCUUCGAUUAUUUACUAUGAUGGAUGUUUGCUGGCCUUAAAAGAAGAGAGAACGCAUCUCGACUGUUGUACUCAAAUUAGGCAAUGAUAACUUUGUUCGUUUAUCUUUA